UUGUGAGCCAGCACUAUGAGGUACAAGUAUACCACACUCACGUCCUGGCCGGGAAUACAGCAGUCCUGUCGUGCGUUAUCCCCGCGUUUGUCAAGGAGCACGUCAGCGUGACGUCCUGGUCCCGGGACGAGUCUAUCCUCCUUCCAGGAUCAAAUAUGGGUGGCAGGAUUGUCGUCACGUACGGUUCCGGCGAGCUACACAUCCGGUCUGUCCGCGCCGAAGACGGCCUGGCCAAAUACUCCUGCCUCACUCUGCACAUCCUUACACAGGAACGGAAACGCAGUGCACCGGCCAUCCUCACAGUUACAGAACCAACCGGUAGUAUGCCUCCACGUUUGGCGCCAUCAGUUCAAACGUCGUUAUCCGCAGACACGGAGACGGACGUGCACCUAACAUGCUCAGCCCAGGGGAACCCACCGCCGACUUUCAACUGGUACAGGGAAGUAAAUGGACACCUGCAGCCGGUAUAUUCGAACCCGCGCUAUGCCCCGCUGCAGGAUAUCCUACACAUCAAGCGAUUGAAUCACGAGGAUGCCGGCCGUUGGACCUGCAAGGUCACCAACCACUUCGGAGAACAGAAGCUUGACAUGCAACUGACCGUCACUGCUCAACUGAACGUGCACGUCCUGCCACAGCUUCAGAUUGUUAAUUCUGGAGAGAACGCAAUGUUCAAUUGCACAGUAUCGGGAUCACCGGUUGGAAGGGUACAGUGGUUGAGGAACGGUGAGCCUAUCCUUGCCGAUAUGAAUUCCAGGAUAAGGCUAUUAAGUCAUCUGGUUUUAUCUGUGAGCGGCGUCACGAGACACGAUCGUGGCAUGUAUCAAUGCAUCGUGAGGAAUGACCGGGAAAGCUGUCAGGGCAGCGCUGAGCUACGACUAGGUGGAGGCGGCGUUGCUUCAGCCGCCCCCCGAGGCCGCCGCUCGGCUCGCAAGAUCAUUCCAAUGCUUGCAAUGAUUGCAGACACGGUGCCGGAGCUUCAGUACACCUUCAUCGAGCAGGCCCUCAGGCCGGGACCUCAGAUAUCGUUGAGGUGCUCGGCCACGGGAUCUCCGCCACCUCAGUUCCGGUGGUUGCUCGACGGUGAGCCACUCACCGAACUGACGGUCGGUCAUCGCUAUGCCAUCGGGCAGUACGUCGAUCAAUCCGGCGACGUAAUAACCCAUCUGAAUAUAACCAAUGUUCGCGUCGAGGAUGGCGGUCUAUACAUUUGCAGAGCAGUUAACUCUCUGGGCUCCGCGGAGCAUGCCUCGAGGCUUAAUAUUUAUGGACCACCCUACACGCGAUCCAUCGCUCCCGUCAAGGCAGUCGCCGGGUCCGAUGUCACCCUACACUGUCCCUAUUCAGGAUACCCUAUAGAUUCUGUCCGUUGGAAGCGUCACGGUCAGGAUCUCCCAUUAGAUCUUCGCCAUCGUUUGGAAGACGGAGGUGCACUGAUCAUAUCUCGCCUCGAUCCUGUCGCCGAUUCCGACAUAUACACUUGCUUCGUCUCUAGUAGAGAUGGCGAAAUGGCCCACAGGAAUAUACAGCUUAUCGUCCACAGUCCUCCGAUCCUGGAGCCAUUCACGUUUCCGACGAGCCUUCAGGAAGGGGGUCGCGCUCAAGUCACCUGCUACGUCACUUCCGGCGAUAUGCCAAUUCACUUCGCAUGGUAUAAAGACGAUAUGCCAAUUUCCGCUUCCCUGCAGGUUGAGGAGAGGGCGGCCGAAUUCUACAGCAUGCUAAUAUUUAAGGAAGUUACAUCGAAGCACAGCGGUGCUUACACCUGUGUAGCCAGUAAUUCAGCAGCCAGAGCUAAUUACACUGCCAACUUAAUGGUAAAAGUCGCUCCCCAAUGGAUCAUCGAACCGCAGGAUCUCUCUGUGCUACUCGGCAAUGCCGUAAUCGUGGAUUGUGCUGCCAAAGGAUUCCCUCAUCCGCAGAUUACGUGGCUCAAAGGACAAGGUAAAACAAACGCGGAUUACAAGCCUUUGCUCAGUCUACACGGACGCGCUGUUCUCCUCUCAAACGGUUCCAUCUGGAUGGAGGCUGUCGGUCCGCAGGACGAAGGACAUUAUCUAUGCAGAGCUACUAAUGGCAUAGGAUCGGGCCUAGGCAAAGUCAUAUAUGUCAGUGUAAAUGAACCUGCCCGAUUCGACAUUGCUACUAGGAACGUCUCCACGAAACGCGGUGGCCCCGUCGUUCUCAUUUGCCACGUCUACGGUGACACUCCUAUAGAAAUUAUGUGGACUAUGAACGGAAACAGAAUGAACCUCAACAACUACAGAUUUACUUUGACCGAGUCGAAGACCGAGAAUGGGCUCAAGUCGCAGGUGACCAUCAAUCGUUCCGAUAGAGAUGAUUCAGGGGUGUACAAGUGUUUGGCGGAGAACGCUUAUGGACGUAGCGAUCAUAUUAUUAAUCUUGCUGUACAAGAACGUCCUGACGCACCUGGUGUUUUGGAGGUUGUGGAGGUGGCCAGCAGGAAUGUCCGUUUGGCUUGGAGGAAACCAUUUGAUGGGAAUAGUCCGAUCAUUGGAUACCUGGUGCAGUACCAGCCUCUGAGCGUGGGCUACAACGAUUGGGAGAACAGCGCUGUCCAGAACAUCACCUUACCGAUUGUUCAGACCCUGGAAAGCUCGGGAGAGGAACGUGAGUCCGCUGUCAUGGGUGGUCUCUACCCAGCAACUGCCUACAAGAUCCGGAUGAUGGCUUUGAACAGCAUCGACCAGAGCCCGUUCACCGAAGAGGUGGUGGUCAAGACGCAGGAAGAGGAACCGGCGGAAGCACCUCGGGAUGUCCAAGUCGAACCAGUUGGAGCUUCAGAGUUGUUUGUCUCCUGGCAGGUUCCCUCUAGGGAGUCCUGGAACGGUGAUUUACUAGGUUACAUAGUCAACUGGAACAUACAAGGCGUAACCAAUAACGCUUCCUCGAAGACGUUAACGGUUAAGGGAUGGGGAACCACCAAAGUCCAGUUGACCGGUCUUAAGAAGUUCACCAAGUACGAUAUCAACGUUCGCGCUUUCAACAGCGUUUCCGUCGGACCGCUUUCUCCAACUGUGGUAGGAACCACUAGAGAAGGCGUCCCAGAGGCUUCACCCAUGAACAUCCAAUGCUCGCAAAUGUCCUCGCAGAGCAUGAAGGUUUCCUGGAUAUCUCCGCUGCCCGCCUAUCAUGGAGGAAUUAUACAGGGCUACAAAAUUUAUUACCGCCCUAUCGCCACCGAAGAAAACGCCGAUGUCCCGGCCACCGGAGAAGUUAAGAGGACCCCCAGCACCGAGACGUACCUGCACGGCCUCUACAAGUAUACCAAUUAUUCCCUUAGGGUUCUGGCUUACACCGGCGCUGGAGACGGCAUCCUCAGCCUACCCAUAUACUGCACCACCGAAGAAGAUGUACCAGGACCUCCGGCUAGCAUUAAGGCGGCAGCUCUUACUGCAGAAUCGAUUCUGGUGUCCUGGCUGCCACCUUCAAAACCUAACGGCCGCAUCCAUCAUUAUACUGUUUAUGGAAGAGAGGCAGGACGAGUCGGGAAACACACUACGCAUUCGGUGCGGGUGGAAGAUUCCCAUCAUAAUCCUGCGUUGCUCUUCGAAGUACGGAAUCUUGUUGAACACCAGCUGUACGAGUUCUGGGUUUCGGCGACGACGAACGUCGGGGAGGGUGAACCCACAUCCAUCGUAGCACAAGCUACGAAUACUCGCGCCCCAUCUCGUAUAGCUUCCUUCAGCCAGGUCCUCCACAAAGCCGUUAAGAGUAAAGUAUCUUUACCCUGCUUGGCCGUUGGGAAUCCAACACCUCGCACCAGGUGGAUACACAGGGACCGUCCAAUCACUUUCAGUCCCUUCUACGAGGUCACCACCGACGGCCACCUCAGCAUAUACAGUGUUGACCAAUCGUUGGCCGGAAAUUACUCCUGUUCGGCGAAGAAUUUGUUUGGAGAAGACGAGAUCACCUACUCGAUGUUCGUCAUGAUGCCUCCUAGUGCUCCGAACCUGGAGGUGCAGUUCACGACGGCGAAGAGCGUGCGUUUACAUUGGAGCCAACCAGAGGAUGGCGGAUCCAUGAUACAGGGAUAUACACUGAAUUCGAAACGAUAUACGGAUGAUUGGAUUUCUUUAGAAAUCUCCCCAGAGAACUUGGUGUAUACAUACGAUGGCCUUCAAUGUGGUACCAUUUACCACAUCUACAUAUUGGCUCACAAUAGGGUAGGAAACGGAAGUCCGAGCUCGAUUCUGACGGUGAGCACGAAAGGUGGACCGCCGCAGGUGCCGAAAGAGAAGGACUUCAUCAUGACCAACGCAACAGUCCUGCAGCUGAAUUUGUUCAACUGGCCCGACGGAGGUUGUCCGAUCUCUCACUUUUCCGUCACCUACAAGGCUAUUGGGGAUCAAAAGUGGACGUUGAUCUCGAGCAGCGUGUCCGGUGAGAAGCUGGUCAUCCAGGACUUGGUGCCAGCCACCUGGUACCAGCUUAGGGUGUCCGCCCAGAAUGAUGCUGGAUUAUCUCACGGUGUCUUCACGUUCGCAACGACGACAUUAGCCGGAGGACGUAUCCCGCCGCCGCCAAGUCUGUCGGACGACAACGACGCCAGCAAUGCGUUCACUUAUAAGGACACGUACAUUUUAAUACCUGCGAUAAGCAUAGGCGUGCUCUUGUUGUGCGUGGGUCUGCUCUGGUGGAGCCUCUAUAAGAAGCGAAGUCCGUCGGAGGACGAGGACAACCAGAGCAGGCAGGUCCAGCCCGAGGAGAAGACGGUGGACCGCGACAACCGCCGCAACUGUCAGCAAGUGUACUCCUCGUCGCCAGUCAAAUCCUGCGAUAAGAUCCAUGACGAUGCUUCAGGUUGCACCUCACAAAUCAAUAACCAGCUGAGCGGCUUUUCAUCUCCACUUUCAGGAAUGUACGAGAUAAGCCCGUACGCCACCUUCAGCGUGCCUGGCAACAACAGCCGAAGCGUUACCACGUCGACCCUUGAUUACACAAUGCAAUUCAAAACAUUCGGUCACAUCGAGGAUGACGAUCACAACACGAUCGCUUAUCCAAAACGAGGCGGAAAGCAUAGCUGGCAUAAGCAACGAUACUACAACAACGAAGGUCCUGGUACUUCGGAGAUGACCCGCAUGAGAAGUACCUGUCUUACGACUAGGGUCGACUCUGAGUCCGACGAGACCAGCGGCAGCCCUUGCGGUGAGUUUACAGGUGGUUCCAAUUAUAGAGUACCUAUUAAACCGGCGCGAGAUCUGUUUCGCCCAGAUUCUAGCACUGAAUCGAACGAGGUAUCUCCGUUGGCCGAGCGUAGGAACACGCCGCGACACGUGGGACCACCUAGGAAACUGCACCGCCCUACGAGUACCAGCAGUUCUGAGGGCGAAAGGGCGUUGGAAGAUACAUCUUCAGAAAACUUGUGUCUGCAACCCCCUUCUGGAUUUUCGGACAGUCGCGAGCUCAGUGAGGCUGAGUGCGAUCGAGACUUGGCGAUUAGCAAACUACCUGCUGAACUUGUCACUAUUUUGACCAGAUACCAAGAACGAAAAGAGCAGGAAAAGAAGGAAUUCAUAAUCCACGUUUAAAUUGAUCGACUAUCGGCAAACACCCAAAUGCAAGGACUAAUGGAACAAUGACAUUUUACUACGGAAUCACACACAUACACACAUAUACAAGAAAAAAACAAAUAUCUAUAAUUAUUUAAUCGUCUAUAUAUAUAAAAUAUCUAUAUAUGUUAAUGUUACCCGACUGAAAAUGAAUUUCCACUAUAUGUAAACAGUAAUGUAUAAGAAUAUAUAUGUAUACAUAACGAAAUCCCCCUUAGAGAAAUUGAUGGUUAAUAAAUGUUAAUUUUCUGUGUAAAUGUAUAUAAGGAAUCACUAAAUAAAAUGAUGUGGUCAUCGUGCGUUCUUGCUUGACCGAAGGCCGGAGCGGGCAACCUCUGAGACUUCUGACUUCUCGUUUGUUUACAAGAGGAAGUUGCACCGCUUUAUCGGACUCCCAUCACUAUCAACGCGAAGCAUCGAUCAGCUGGGAUACGCAACGAGGUCAAAGAAGUUAUUGCACACUUACACGCAACUUACGAAACCAUGUCAAAUACCAAUCUGAAUGUUCUAAGACCACUAACUUGUAGCUACUCUUUAAAUCUGUGUCUGAAAAAGAACUACUCAAGAAAAAAAAAUACAUAAUAAUAAUGAAAACAAACCCUAAUAAUAAUUAUAUUAAUAAUAAUCAUGAUAACAGUAGUCAUAAUCAUUUGGAAAUGCAACAGGAACCCUCCUCCUUUAAAAUUUUAGAAUAAAUGUUACGAAAUG